AUGUAAUAAGAAGAUCUCACUCCAUGGUUAAUUUAAAUGUUACAACCUGUAUAUCAAUAAAUUCUAAUACUAGUAUUCUACCAUCUUUGAAACAAUGUACUCUGUUGGAUUUAAAAUAUUUGAUACAAUUAUCUUGAAGUAAGGAGAACCUAAAUAAUGGUUCUACAUGGAUGAUAAAGUAAUUCUAAUAAUAAAUUACUAAAGCAUUCUAUUAAAACACAUGAUGAUGAAUGGCUAAAAUGGAGAGUUUUUGGAACAUAUUGUAGAGCCAAGAAUGUAAAUAGAUUAGGUGAAUAUAUUUAAUCUGACAACUUGGAUUAAGUAUAAUUAUAAACUCCAUGUAAAUGUGAAGCAUUAAAAAUUACAUGUAAAUGUUAUAUAUUCCAUUUUGAAUAGAAAUUAGCAUAAGGUAAUAUCAAAUCAUUUAAUCUUAUAGGACGUAUUUAUAGGGCAGUUUCAUAAGAAGUAGCCAAUGAACUUUUUAAAAAUCCAAAUGAAAAAUCAGAAAUUAUUACUAAUUGGACUAAAAUUAUAGGUUGUGGAGUAACAAAAUCACCUAAACAUAUAUUUUAAGUAACAGUUUCUAAAGAAUAAAUUGAUGAUCAACCUAAAUUUAGAGUUAAUAGAAAGAGAUUUGCUUAAAUUCCUUUAUAAAAAGAAGAAUUCUCUAAAUAAGAAAAUAUAGUCAAGAAACCUAUAUAUCUAAAAGAAGAAUUUGAUAAAUCUUUGGCAGCUCAAUAGAAUGUGAAAUGUGAACAUUUUGCUUUUAGUUUGGUUAGAUUUUUAGAAGGGAGACUUUAAAGAUCUAUAUAAUUACUAUAAGUAGAGUUUUUUAUGACUGAAGGAGAUUUAUAAAUAUAUUUAACAGGAUUAGAUAAUAUAUAAUUUCAUUCUGAUGGAGAACCUGUUGAAAUAGCUACUUUAUAUCCUAUUAAAUAAUAGGUUCAUAACUUUGAUAAAUGUGCUGGUUUGUAUUGUCAUUAUGCAACCAAUAAUAUUUUUUAUGAUGAAUUUGAUGAAUAAUUUUCUUUAUUUAUAAUGGCAGGAGAAAAAGAAACACAUAAGAAAAUUACAUAUAAAUCUAUAUUUCUAGAUAUGAUUGAAAGAUUUAAAACUAUUAAAAUGUUAGAACCAUAUCUUAAUAAACCACCAACUGAAUAAUUGAUAUUCAAAAUGAGAAUAUGUAAUUUAUAUUAUAAAUUAUAGAUUAUUCAUUAGGAGAUAUUACAAAUAGUGCUUUUUUUAAACAUUUGAAAAUAUCUAAUUUUUAUAAAUAAGAAAUAGUUUGUCAAUUUUGUUAUCAUGUUUAUAAUAAAAUUGAUUCAUUAAGAAAUUAAUAAUUAAAAGAUAAGAGAGUAAUAUUAAAUUCUUAAUAAAUUGAAGCAGAAGUCUCUAAAUUUAUGAGUUAAAGUAAUAAAUUCAUUAAUUAUUAAAGAUUAUUCUUAAAAGGAAGCAAAAGUUUAAAUGAGAUUUCAUAAUAAAUUUUUUGAUAAACUAAAAUAAUUUGAUACAGAUUAAUUAAAAUUCUUUUAAGAAUUUACAUUAACAAGUGUUCAAGAUGAUAAAUACUUUUUAAAAAGAGGAAAGACAACUAGAUCAUUAUAAUAACAUUAAUAGGCUGGAUUUUAAUUACCUAAUAUAAUUAAGGUUUAAGUGAAGGAUAAAGAUAAUAUGAUAAAAAAAACCAAAUAUUUGAUACCAAAAGAAUAAGCUGAAUCUUUAGGUUUAAAACAUUAUUUAGGUCAUGCUAAAAAUUUACCAUUUAGUGAUUAAGGUUUGGCUAUUAGUAAAAGUUCACUUGAAUUAAAUAAACUUUAAGAUAAAAUAAGGGAAAUAUAAAUGAUAAAAGAGAGAAUGGAUUUAGAGAAAAUUAAAAGAGUUAGAGAAGAUAUUUAAGUGAUUAUGUGUACAUAUUAUGGUAAAGGAAAAGAAGAAAAAGAUCGUUUGAUUGAUUUUGUUGAAACUCUAAAGAAAAGAGAAUAGUAAUUAGAAUCUUUAGAGGAGACAUCCCAAUAAAUAAGAUCACCUGCAAUUCAAAUUGUAACUGACAAAAAUGAUUUCUUAUCUGAAAAUUAAAGAAAGAUUAAAUAAGAUAAAGAGAAAAAAGAAUAAGAGAUUUUAUAAACAAAAAAAGACUUUUUAGAAGUAAAUAGUGAUUUAGCCUUUUCUGUAUUUAGAAGAGAUUAUGUAUCUGAACGUAAUAGUGAAUAUUGA